AUGGCGGGUUCGUCAGCGGGCUCGCUGGCGCGCUCCCUGGCGGGUCCGUCGGCGAAUUCGUCGGCAGGCUCGCUAGCGCGCUCGCUGGCGGGUCCGUCGGCGGGUUUGUUGGCGAGCUCGUCGGCGGGCUUGCUGACGCGCUCGUUGGCGGGUCCGUCGGCGGGUUUGCGGGCGUGCUCCCCAUGGGCAGAACGUGACGAGCUUCGGGCGGACGGUGCGAGAGUUACGGGCAGUUCCGUUGACGGGUCCGUUGGCGGGCUCGCGGACGGUUCCGUUGGCGGGUCGGUUGGCGGGCUCGCUGGCGUGCUUUUUGGCGGAUCCGCUGGCGAUCUUGCCGGCGAGCUUGCUAGCGCGCUGGUGAGCGGGGCGGGCCAGCAUGAGGCGGGCCGUUGCAAAGCCUAG